AUGACUGGUACCGAUAAACUAACACCAUUCAUAAUUGGAAAAUUCAAAAAUCCUAGAUGCUUUAAAAAUUUUAGCUAUCGAAGUUUUGUGACCUAUCAUAAUUCAAAAAAAGCAUGGAUGGAUUCUAAGUUAUUCAAUACAUUUUUGUUCGAAUGGGAUAUCAGGUUGGCUAAAGAAAAACGCAAAAUACUACUCGUAAUUGACCAAUGUCCAUCUCACAAGAUUUUUACAAAUUUACAGCAAAUUGAAAUAAUGUUUUUGCCGGCAAAUGCUACGUGUUUAUUACAGCCGAUGGACCAAGGAGUCAUUAAGACAUUCAAGACGCUAUUCAAUAAAUUCAAAUUUCUUGAAAUUAUUGAAAAAAUUGAACUCGGAAAAUCGUCAUCUGAGGCAUUUUUUUGCUUCUCAAUUGCACUUGGAGAAUUUCUGAAAAACAAACACAUGAGACAGAACCUCCGGACCAUCUAUGCCUAUUGCUUCGAGAAGCUUUCUCCGGACCGGGGUCUCCGAUGGGCAUUAUGGACUUAUGGAAGCGCCCUCCUACAAGCUAGAGAGGUCGGGGUAACUAACUAA